AUGACGAACUCCGUUGCAUUUCCACGUUCCAUUAUACUCCAAACAUUAGUAAUCUCCUCCGCACUUUCAGUUCUUUUAGCCAAGACUGGAGCAGAAGAUACUCUCAGGCAAGCAGUUUGCCCCUCUUUCUCCUGUGGACAUCUCCAAGACAUCAAGCAUCCUUUCCGUUUAGGAGGUGAUCCGCCUGGUUGUGGUCUUCAAGAAUAUGAGCUAGUUUGUAGCGAUAGCCAGGCUAUAAUUCACAUCGACACGGGAAGAUAUCUCGUCACUAACAUUUCCUACAGCGACUCUGUUUUCUGGGUUGUUGAUGCCAGUUUGGAUAAUAGCACCAUCUGCCCUAUUCCUCAGAGGAAUCAACGCCCUUAUAUCUAUGGAUUGCAAUCAGCUAACACGAUACUGCUCUAUCCGGAUUCAGGCCAAUGGGCCGCCUUUGUGAGUUGUUCACGCAUGAUAAAAAAUAAUGCUAUUUAUAGGCCUGUUGCUUGCCGGAGCACCAACACUUCUUUUGUUUAUGUGUUGACUACCGUGCUUUCUUAUUGGUCUAAACAUGUUGAGCCUUCACGUGGAUACUUGGCCAUGACUCCUCUGGGAAGUUGGCAUCCGAGGCCAAAUGGUUUUGCAAGUUAUGAUUAUGAAGAUGUCGUAAAAUUUAUGAGGACAGGGUUUGCUGUUAGAUUUCCUGUAUAUUUUGCUCCCUGGACAUAUUCUAGGAUCAUCAACAGAUGCCUGAAUGAUUCAAUGAGUAACUUCCACGAAAAGAUGUCUAGUUCAAACAUCCUAAAUCAGACUUUGGCUAUUGUUGGCAUCGACAUGCAUUUCUUGAGAUGUGUAAAUGACCACUCCUACCAAACGAAAUUAUUUUGGGCAGCGGUGGUCAUGGUAUCUGCCAUAAGUAUUGUGAAGUUCAUUAUUGUGUUUGCAAUACUAUCCAGGUUGGUGUUUGCACCAUUGUCCGUAUUGACCUUCCUUGCCUACAAGUACUGGCUAACAAAGAUAUCAGUUGAUGCAGUUGAGAGGUUCCUCCAGAUGCAAUUAGCUCUUGGCCCAACAAGGUACGCUUACACAGACAUCACUGCGAUCACUAGCCACUUCAAGGAGAAGCUGGGCCAAGGAGGCUAUGGUUCCGUGUACAAAGGUGUGCUUCCCGGUGACGUCCAUGUUGCCAUCAAAAUGUUGGUCAGUUCCAUGUCCAAUGGAGAAGAAUUCAUCAGUGAGGUGUCCAGCAUCGGAAGCAUUCACCAUGUCAACGUAGUGCGUCUGGUGGGUUUCUGCUCGGAGGAAAUGAGGAGGGCUCUUGUCUAUGAGUACAUGCCUCAUGGAUCUCUUGAGAAGUACAUCUUCUCGCCAGAGAAGAGUUUCUCCUGGGACAAGCUCAAUCAGAUUGCUCUGGGCAUUGCCAGAGGGAUCGACUAUCUGCACCGAGGGUGCGAUAUGCAGAUAUUACAUUUCGACAUCAAGCCUCACAACAUCCUGUUGGACAGUGACUUCACCCCAAAAAUCGCUGACUUUGGACUGGCGAAACUGUACCCCAGGGACAACAGCAUUUUGCCGGUGAGCGCUGCGCGGGGAACAGUUGGCUACAUAGCUCCUGAGAUGGUGUCCCGUAGCUUUGGCGCCAUAUCGUCCAAGUCUGAUGUCUACAGCUUCGGGAUGUUAUUGCUGGAGAUGGCCGGUGGGCUAAGGAACGUGGAUCCACGAGCGUCAAGGAGCCAGACGUACUACCCGGCAUGGGUAUACAAUCAGCUGUGUCGGCAAGAGGUGGGUGAGAUCUCGGAGGCUGUUGGUAUCCAUCAGGUGGAGAGGAAGCUGUGCGUCGUUGCGCUUUGGUGCAUCCAGAUGAAGCCAGACGAGCGACCGGCGAUGAGCGAGGUGAUAGACAUGCUCGAAGCUGGCAUCGAUGGCCUGGAGAUGCCUCCUGAGCCAUUCUUCUGCGGGGACGAGUACGCUCCUGCUGCAGAUUCUUCAGUAUUAUCAGAGAUAAGUUCAUUCUCAGAGUGAAAUGCCUAUACAUCGUAACUUUGGACCAAAUUUUAUCCUCUACCCACCUCAGGUGCGCUCAGCAAGUCAAUAUUUGUUUUGGAAGGUUUGAAAGUGUAAGAUUAUCCUUGGUUAGAUUUGGACCUACCACAGAAGGUUCUGUUGUGUCCAAUGUGAAGAAGAUACUCUUUUCUUAAUACAAAUACUCUUUUUCUUAAUACGAAGAGAAAACAUCGAAAAUGAUGAUGCAAAUUGUAAAUGUGAACCUGGAGAGAACUGCUUUCUGUAAAAUAAUGCCAUUGAUAAUCCCAUUGGCGCUGUUGUUACUGUUUCUGUA